UGGAGUGCAUAAAUGCUGAAACCAGAUCGGCAGAGCUGCUAUUCGAGCAUUGGAACUUGGAAGGUCUCAAGGCCCCCCCUUUGGCAUCCCCAUCUCCAAUCUCCAUUCUUCCAUCCACAGGCUUGGCCUCUGACGGCUGACAGACGCACACCAUCAGGCUUGGCAAUUUGGCAUCAAGUGUGGUAAAGAUGAGAAAGCCUGGUAAGAGAUGCAAGGAGACGGAUGCACAUUACUACUGGAAUCGUUCGGAUGAGCACGACAGGUAUUUCUUCAAGGUUUUGGCAGGUGAUUUCCGUGAACGAUUGGGCAUCCCUGAUAAGUUCGUGCAACAUAUUAGAGGGAGAAUAGCAAAAACUGUUAAGCUAGAAUCACGCACCGGGUGCACUUUUGAUGUUGAAGUAGCCAAGAGUUUGGACAAAGUAGUUCUUCAAACUGGAUGGAAAGCAUUUGCUUGUGCCCAUGACUUGAAAAUGUGGGACUUCUUGGUAUUCAAGUACGAUGGGACUCCACGAUUGAAGGUUUUGAUCUUUGAUCUUAGUUGUUGCGAGAAAGUGCUGCCAUGUCAUACCCGUGACAGAGGAGAGGGGGAAGAACAAAUUGAGAAUUCAAGAAGCUGUGAUGAUUUUCCCAUGAAAUCACCUGGUAAUAAAAGGAAAGCUUGGAAGCAAAGGGAGGGAUGUAUGAAUGCUAACACCAGUUCAACCUCCCUAUCGGACUCAUCAGGAGGUUCUAUGUCUCCAGAAGAUCAGAAAUCACAUUCUGUUCCAAGUUACAUCCUCCCACGGCGAACCUUUCUCACCUUUGAGCUGAAGAAGAAACUGAAAGAGAAAGUCCGAGCUAUUUGUUCCAAAACCCCAAUCUACGGAUGUGUCAUGAAGAAGACCAGUAUUGAGGGAAAACCUCAAACUAUGGACAUAUCAGGAGAAUAUGCUGAUGUAUAUCUUCCAUUUGAUGACCAAACACUGUUGCUUCAACAUCUUGGCAAGAGUUGGGAAGUGCGGUGUCACAUUCAGAAGAGCAAUUUUCCAUCCAAAAGGCUUUUGAAAGGGUGGAAACAAUUUGCACGUGACAACAAUUUACAGGUGGGAGAUCUCUGCCUCUUCGAGCUACUGGAGAACAGGGAGUACACGAUGAAUGUGCAUAUCAUCAGAGAAAAAUGAAAUUUGACAUGCAGCUAAUAACAGUAUUGGUGCCAUCGUUUGCAAUGGGUGGCAGUGCUGCUUUUGUAGUUCUGCGAUCUGACCUUGCUGACUCCCGUGGUUGGGUGUUUGUUUAACUCAUGUUUGCCCAAGCUCAGAUUGGCCCACUUGUAAUCCAUGUUUUUGUUUCUGUUGUCAUGCAAUUAGCUACAGUAACAAGUAUUGCUGAAAUGCUCUGAUGCUUAGAUUCCUUUUGGCCCCUAAUGCUGCUUCGUGAUUCAUGAAGCCAUGACCUUGGUUGUAGAAGAUACGGGAUUUCCUGCAAAUCACUAUAAAGUCCACUUGGAUA